AUGGUUUUAACACGCAGCAUGGAUGGAGACGCUAAGCGACGAGGGAAUGUGUCGGAAGUGCCCGUUGGAACUUCAGGGGCGAAUCAAGAGGGGCUUAUGGUCAGUACCGAUACUGGCAAGGAAAAAGCUGUUAGAACCCCCCAAGAAAGUUCCUCACGUACAACAAGUGUUUCGUCUGGUACAAAUGGAAGCGAGAAUACAGCGAACACUGAAGCUACUGAGGAGAGUGAGAAGACGUCGGAUCGCACCGUAAGAGCGACAAAGACAACAUCCCGACGUUCGGUAGCUUCGAAAAGGAAAUUAUUUGAGGAAAUGAAAGCCCGACAACGUUUAACCGAGUUGAAGAUCAAGCAAAUACAAGCCGAAAAAGAAUUAGAAGAGCUUCGCCUACAGAGAUUGCAAAUGGAAACGGACGAUAGUGAGGAAGAUGAAGCCGAAGAGGAACUGUCUUCACACAGGAUUAAGACGUGGUUACAGGAAGACACCUCGGCAGUUCCACCCGCCGUGUUAGUGCAUACGUCCGCGUCGGUUCAAGCGCAGGUCUCCCAUACGACCGUUGCGCCUCGCGUUGCGCAGGUCUCCGACGUGACCGCUGCGCCUUCGGUGUCCGCGCAGGUCCCCGAUAUGACCGCUGCGCCUUCGGUGUCCGCGCAGGUCCCCGAUAUGACCGCUGCGCCUCGCGUCGCGACCGCGCCAGUAUACAGCGCCGCGCCCGUUUCCCAAGCGCACGCGUCGCGUUCCGUACCAGUCGCGUCGCAGUCGAAUCCGUAUGUGGGCGAAGAAGACCUGGAAGCCAAAGAGAAGAGGAAUUGUGCGCAAACGGGUCAAUCGCUUAUCGACGUAAACACACUCGCCGUAGCGUUGUCGCAGGCUGUGAGAGGAACGAGAGAGCCCCCGAAGUAUAUUCAAGAAUUACCACUGUUUAAUGGGAGCAGUAGAGACUGGCUGAGCUUCAAGACUGCGUAUGAAGAAUCAUUUAGAUAUUUUACGGCAACUGAAAAUGUAGCGAGAAUACGCCGCAGCCUCCGAGGAUUGGCGAGGGAAGCGGCGGGUUGCCUGCUGAUAAGUCAGUCAGACCCUGGAACAAUUGUAGAAGCUCUGGAAAGAAGAUUUGGAAGGCCAGAAGCUCUCAUACAUGUGGAAAUGGAAAAAUUGAAGGCAUUGAAUAGAGCCACGGAUAACCCGAGAGAAUUAUGUAUUUUCGCAAAUCGUAUAGCAAAUAUAGUAGGGACAAUUGAAGCCCUUAAGAAGAAACAAUAUUUAUAUAGCCCGGAAAUGGCAAGAAUAAUAACGGAAAAGUUUACACCAAUAUUAAAGAACAAGUGGUAUGAUUAUUCGUCAAGGAAAGUAGAAGAUAUUCCAGAAUUGAAGAAAUUGUCUAUGUUUCUGAAUGAAGAGGCGGACAAGUGCAGCGCCUACGCCCUGCCGGAAAAUGUUCCGGAGGAUUAUGAGGGUAGAGAGAGAAGAUUCAGAAAACCGGAACGUACUUUCAUUGUCAAUAAGAAACAAUUUGAACAGAAAUGCCCACAAUGUCAGCAGGAUCACAAGCUACCGACGUGCAAGUCUUUUUUGAGUCUGGAUGUAAACGCAAGAUGGGAAACCGUAAAGAAGAGCAGGAUAUGCUUCCAAUGUCUUUGCUCAACAAGACAUUUGAGACAGCAUUGUAAGGCAACUCUAUGUGGUAGAGACGGAUGCCGAAUGAAACAUCACAAGCUGCUGCAUCACGACAGGAAAACGCAAAAGGAUAAGGAGGAGCCAACGGCAGAAGUCAUCACAGCCGCCAAUCCGUGCGAUCGUCGUCGAGCAUACUUGAAGAUAGCGCCAAUUGUGUUAAGGGGACCUCUCACCACAAUAGAGACGUACGCCUUAUUGGAUGAGGGAAGUACGGUGACUCUUAUUGACGCGUCGGUAGCGGACAUUAUAGGGGCAGACGGACCAUCGAAGCCUAUGUGGAUACAAGGAAUUGGUUCAGAAAUGAAACAGGAAAACAGUAAAAUUAUCAAUCUACACAUCCGUGGAAAAUACGUGGAAAAUGAAUACGAACUGGAGGCCGUGAGAACGGUAGAGAGAAUGAAAUUUGCUCCAGAGACGGUCUUCGAUCAUCACCUGAGUAGUUGCAGUCAUUUGAUGGAUAUUAAGGGAGAAAUAAUGUACAGCCAUGCAUCACCGAAGGUACUGAUCGGUCAGGAUAAUUGGCAUCUCAUAGUAACAAGGGAACUGCGAUCAGGACGACGAGACCAACCAGUAGCAUCACUAACUAACCUAGGAUGGGUUCUCCAUGGAUGUCAUAGUUCGUUGUCAACCGUAGUAGCCUUUUGCGGAAGGAUUCAAGAGACGAAUAUUGAAGAGGAAAUAAGGAAUUAUUUCAAGCUUGAAUCCUUGGGCAUCGAACCGAAGAGACCGAAAGAGGAUCCCGAGCAGAGGGCGAUACAAAUUUUAGAAGAAACUAGUAACCGGCUGCCGGACGGGCGUUUUGAAACAGGGCUGUUAUGGAAAAAUAGAGACGUAGAGCUUCCGAACAAUUUUAAAGACGCAGAGAGGCGACUGCUCUCGCUACAGAGGAGAUUAGACAAAAAUGUAGAAUUGAAAAUGAAGUAUGAAGAAAGAAUAGAAAAUCUCCUCAAGGCAGGAUAUGCAGAGCGCGCUCCAAUGCCACCCCCGAAGGGGCGUACAUGGUAUCUGCCGCACUUUCCAGUGAUUAACCCGAUGAAACCGCACAAACCUCCAAGACUGGUGCAUGAUGCAGCCGCCAAGUCGGCGGGAGUAUGCCUGAACGACAUGUUAUACUCAGGACCGGACUUGUUACUCUCGCUUCCCGGCGUCAUCAUGCGCUUCCGGCAACAUGCGUAUGCGAUCACCGCCGAUAUAAAGGAGAUGUUUAUGCAGAUAAAAGUAAGAAACGAAGACAGGGACGCACUACGUUUCAUAUGGAGAGGUCAGCGGCGCAAGAACGAAACGGAGGAGUUAAGGAUGACUUCCUUAAUCUUCGGAGCGACGUCGUCACCUUGCACGGCACUCUACAUUAAAAAUAAGAACGCACAAGAAUAUUCAAAAGAAUACCCAGAGGCAGCGGCAGCUAUAAAGAACAACCAUUAUAUGGACGAUUAUUUGCAAAGUUUCGGGACCCUCGAAGAAGCGGAAAGAAUUUCAAAACAAGUAGAUUUCAUACAUAAGAAGGCAGGCUUUGUAUUAGAUGGAUGGACGUCAAAUGAACCUAAAAUUGUAGAAAAUUUAACUCAAAACUUAACAGUAAACUUAACGGAAAACUUAACUCAAAACUUAACAGAAAACUUAACGGAAAAUUUAACAGAAAAUUUAAGUAGAAUACCGGCAACCACAGUGAGCCUAGGAGGAAAGAAUACAGAGAAGGCUUUAGGAUUAUUGUGGCAUGUCCAGGAGGAUUAUAUUGGAUUUAAUACAAACAGAAUGAAGAUACCUGAAGAUGUGCUUCAGAGUAAGCGAACGCCGACGAAACGGGAGGCUUUAAGCAUAAUUAUGGCACUAUUCGACCCGCUGGGAUUGAUUUCGCCGAUUACCACUCCAGCCAAGAGGAUAUUUCAGGACACAUGGAAAUAUAGAACAGAAUGGGACGACUCUAUCCCGGUAGAGCUGGCGGGUAAAUGGAAUUAUUGGUUGAAAACUUUAACAGUGGCAGAGGGUCUUCGGGUGCCGCGGUGUUACGACAGUCAGCCGGCAGUAAAAUAUCAGAUCCACACCUUCGUCGACGCAAGCGAAGAAGCCUAUGCGGCAGCAGUAUACUGGAGAAUGACCCGGCCCGACGGCAGCGUCCAAGUAGCUCUAGCAGCGGCGAAGAGUCGCGUAACACCAUUAAAGCCUAUAUCGAUACCGAGGCUGGAGCUACAGGCUGCGGUGCUGGGAGUUCGUCUGGCGCGUACGGUAUUGAACGAACAUGAUUUUCCCGUCGACAAGAAGGUGUACUGGAGUGACUCGAGGACAGCGUUGACCUGGAUAAGGGCGGAACCCCGCGUGUAUAAGACCUUCGUCGCACAUCGCCUAGCCGAGAUAGAAGAAACCACAAAGAAGAACGACUGGAGAUGGCUGCCGUCGAAGGAGAACGUCGCGGACGAUGCCACCAGGAAUACACCGGAGGGCUUCGGCUCAAACCAUCGAUGGUUCCAGGGACCGCCGUUCCUCAGGCGAAACGAAGAAGAGUGGCCGGUAGAGCUAGUAAUAACGCAGGACGACGUCGCAGAGCGUAGAGAGAGGUGCAACGCUCUACAGAGAGAAGAAAACAGUUAUCGCGAAUGUCUUCCCGAUGUGAGGAGGUUCUCCAAAUGGAAUAGAUUGAUACGAGCCACUGCGAGAGUCCUACAAUUUAUUCGACUGUGCAAAAACCCAAAAAAUGUCGUAUCUGCCUCCUGGAAACGUACAAAAAAGAAUGAAAAAAGUGACCCGGACUGGAGAAAUACCGGGGAAAAAAUAGCGUCGCGUUCAACUGCUCGAGAAGGAAAAACGAGCAUCUGCUACAAAAUGAUCACCGCAGAAGAACUAGAAAAAGCGGAGUUGCUGUGGAUGAAUGCCAGCCAACGAGAGGCCUUUCCAGAGGAAAUUGAUGUGAUUGAGAGAGGCAGGAAUAUCAGUAAGAACAACCGCUUCGUCAACAUAAGAGUCUAUAUGGAUGAAAGAGGAACUCUACGUGUAAAAGCAAGGACGUCACAAGAUGUCGACCCACCCAUACUCGACGGAAAACAUCCCUACACUCGGCUCUACAUAGCGCACGUACACGAACAAUUGCAUCACGGAGGUGUAGAGAUGGUUGUGAACGAACUAAGACAAAGAUUGUUUAUAUUGAAGAUACGACCGUCAGUUAAAACUGUCAUCAAGAGUUGUAUGCAGUGUCGCAUUAGAAAAGCCAAGCCAGCCUCACCGUACACGGGCGACCUUCCCGCGGCUCGAGUAGCUCAUCACGCAAGACCAUUCACCUUCACAGGACUCGAUUAUUUUGGACCGAUAGAAGUAACUGUGGCGAGACAUAGAGAAAAGCGAUACGGGGCGUUAUUUACAUGUCUAACUUCAAGAGCCAUUCACAUCGAAGUCGUGAGCUCAUUAAGCGCGGAUGCGGCUAUUUCAGCGCUACGAAGAUUCCUUGCCCGGAGAGGGUUCCCCAAAGAGAUCUGGAGCGACAACGCGACCUGUUUUAAAGCGGCGAACAAGGAAUUGGCAGAGGCCGCUCAAGAGGCUCUAGAAAAUGAAGUAAAUUGUCGUCGCAUCACAUGGAAAUAUAUACCGCCGUCAGCACCCUUCAUGGGAGGUGCAUGGGAGCGCCUGGUGCGCUCCGUGAAGGAGGCGUUAUAUAACGUAUUAAAAGAAAAGUAUCCUCGGGAAGAAACAUUGUCUACUUUAUUAGUUGAAGUUGAAAAUACAGUAAAUUCACGUCCGCUAACCCAUGUCCCUGUACAUUCGACAGACGAGGCUGCCAUCACACCCAACCACAUCCUCAUCGGCCCGAACUGCCACGCGCCUGUGCCGGGCAACUUCACCAGCAGCGAUGUGUCGGCCCGGCAGCUGUGGAGGCGCGCCCAGGCCCUCGCAGAUGACUUCUGGCGCCGAUGGGUGAGGGAGUGCCUGCCCUUGCUCCGUCACCGGCGGGAGCCCUAUGGCUCCGGCGGCGUCGCCCCUCAACUGGGCGAUGUCGUAAUCAUCUGCGACUCCAACCUGCCUCGCAACACCUGGCCGCGAGGCCGGGUGACCCGCCUGUACCCGGGCGCUGACGGAGAGGUGCGCGUCGUCGACGUCACCACGAGCAACGGGCACGUCCUGCGCCGGCCUACGAAGAAACUCGUCGUGCUGCCAACGGAAUCGCGGUUCGGCGACGGCGGGAGGAUGUGCACGACAGCGUUAAACGGACCCUGCAGCCCACGGGGGUCUAAUCGCAUAAGAGGGCAUAAGCAUCGUUAG